AUGCCCUUAAUCGUCGACCCGCGGUUCGCGCUCACGUCCUCGGACGACGACACCGACGCCGAGGACGCGCCGAGAUGUUUCAAUUGCGAGACGACGUCGAAUCAUCUCCUGCUCUGCUCGACGUGUCGGAAAGUGCGGUUUUGUAACGCGGCGUGUCAACGGGCGUCUUGGCGCGCGCACGCGGUGGUGUGCGCGCGAGACGCGACGUCGCGACCGCGCGUGGAGGUGCCGCGACCGCCGAGGAUGCCCACGGCGCGCGAACGGGCGGCGGCGGCGGCGACGGCGCGCGAACGGGUGGCGCGCGAGGUUUUACCGAACGCUCGGGACGCGUGCGCGGUGGGCGAGCGGCGAGGGCGGGCGCCGGAUGGAUUUGACGCGAUCGUGGACGCGUUGGAGGACGCGAUCGUGUUCGCGAUCGAGGACGAGGACGAGGGGUUGACGAACGCGGUGCGCGUGACGCUGGCGAGGGCGUAUCUGGUGGACGGAAGACCGGACGAGUGCGCGCACUAUUUAGCGCCGGCGCUGGAGCGGGCGCGGAGAGAGGGGGGGGCGGAGAGCGCGAUGACGCACGUGCUCGCGGCGCGCGCGCACAAGGUGAAAAAUGAGAAGGAGAUGUGCCGAAAAGAGCUCACGGCGGCGCUGGAGUGCGCGAGCGAGAACACUGACGAAGGCGAGCAGUGCGCGACGCUUUUGGAGUGCGGAACAAUUUUACACGACAUCGGCGACUGGGAACGAUGUGCGCCUUUGUUGAGCACAGCCGGAGAAGCGGCUGAGCGCUUGGGGAGGAACGCGGACGCGACGCGAGCGUAUAAUCGUGCGGGAUCCGCGCUCCUGAGCUCGGGUCGACCGGAUUACGCCUCGAGAUGUUGGUUGCGUGAGCUCAAGGUGAUGGAGACGGACGCCGCGACUUUGCCCGCGGCGUUGGCGCAGACGCAUGGAAAUGUUGCGACCGCGUUUUUAUUAGCGAGUGGGAGCGAGAGCGACUCGUUCAAUCUGCAUAAGCAGUUCGCGCUCGGUAAGGCGCGCGAGGCGGGCGCCGAGGAAGAGGCGCGCGUGUGGUUGCAGCUGGGCUCGGCGUACAAGCUGGCGGGCGAGGCACUUGACGACGCUUUGUCGCGGGCGCGAGAAUGCUUUGAAAAGGCAAAGGAACUAUCAAAUGCGCGCGCGGGUGACGUCGCAUCGCGCGCGUUAGAGAUGCUGACCAUCUGA